UUGCCAAACUGGGCAGGAAAAAUUUCUAUCGAACUUACUCCAAGCAAAAAUAACUUAGUCAUUGCACCAACACAAGACCCAUUCACUCUUACAGACGUAAUGGGAACAACAAAUAAAACGUCAUUCGCCGAAUUUUGCAAAGGCAAGGUUGACUUAGACUUUGGUUUCUCAAACCUCAACACUGAAGUAAACUAUUAUUUCAAUGCUGCUGGAGAUGCUUGGGACCCAGUUAAGUUCACAUGCGAAAAAUUUGAAUGCAAGAGAAUAGAAAGCAGACUUGCAGUCUAUAUGUUGGACCCAGAUAUUUCAAAUGCUUUAGCUGCCAAAUAUAUUGCAGUUUCCACUUAUGUUCCCUAUACACCAAAUAUCUGUCAAAGACUUUGCAGGUGA